ACACAUUGUUUCUUUCAUGUGUCUCAUUUCAAAAGUAAAGAUUUCAAUGGUAACAGUUGAUUAGGAAAUAGCAUACGGUGAAAGGAGUCUGAAUAAAGCUGUAUCACAUACUAAUCUACUCCAGUGUACACAGAGAUGGACUAUCUUGCCCGCCUUCUUCUUAUUCUCCAUUUUUAUGAAACUACAGUGGAAGGAAGAUUUGUGGAUUCAACUGUCAAACUUACCAGUAAUAUGAAUCUGGAAUGCAUAUAUCCAAAGACAGCCAAUAUAACCCAGAUGUCCUGGGUUAAGAGUAUUGCCACUGACAAAGAAACCAUUGCUGUUUUCCACCCGAGGUAUGGUGUGUAUAUUCAAGACCAAUAUAAAGACAGAGUUCGCUUUAUAAAUGCUUCCUCAAAAGGCAAGUCGCUAAACUUCAUCAAGACCACUGAAGCAGACAUGGGCUUUUAUUUCUGCUCCAUAACGUUUGCAGAUGGAAUAUGGGAAAAGGUGAUACAGGUUAUCCCAUCAGAUUCUUUCAAGGUCCCCCCUGUGCCACCAGCAAACCACGUGAUCACUGAGCCAGGGGAAAAUGUAACCCUUAGAUGUCCCUUCAGGGUUGGAGGUUUGGUGCAGCAAGUAACAUGGGAACGGAUAAAAGUGGAUCGGAGAGAUACCGUAGUCCUGUGCAAUUUGUCAGAAGGGAAAACCUACGGCUCAGAUUACCAGGAGCAUGCCAUCAUAGACUGCGCCCCUCAGAAGAGCAGCAUUCUUGUCCUUCAAAACGUUUCAGCUUAUGACUCUGGAAUUUAUCGCUGCCAUUACAGUUUAACUAAUGGUGCAAACAAAACCCAUGUGAUGAGCUUGACUGUCACUAGUGCAACUUUGGAUCAUCACUGGCAUGUUUUGCUUGUUGCUGGAGGGGCUUCUGCCACACUAUUACUACUCGUAACCAUACUGAUCAUCACCAUCACUCUUGUUUAUUGUAGAAAAAAGAAAAGGAGGAGGAUCAUGAAAGUCCUGUCAAAAACUCUGCAAUCUACUCAGACCCGGCCCAGUAAUAGUUAUGGGAGAUCUAAUUUUCAUGGCACACCAAACGUCAGAAGAGGAGAAGCAUCAAUAUCUGGGCAGAGUGAUGAGAUUUAUGUCAACUACCGAGACUUCUCGCGCAAACCUAAGACAAGAGUAUGAGUUUCCUUCUCAUAUCUGAAUGAUGUAACCAAAUCACAUUUUGCAUCAUUGACUUUUUAUUCUCUUUGUACCAACUUGACCUUUAAUUUCUUAGUCUCUAUCAGCUAAGUGACUUUGAUGUAUCAAGGCAGCAAGAGAGUAUAUGUCUACAAUUUACAUCUUCAGAGCUGCUAACUUCAUUUCAAACAAUCAUUUUGGCAGGCAGAGGGGAAAUAAAUUAAAGAAGUAAAUUCAGAGCUGCAUCUGCUUGCACCAGAUCUGAAUCUGGUCCUGAAAAUUUAUAUGACGGAGUGAAGAAGAUAAGUGUUCUUUUCUGUCUAGAUCCAGGUAUUGAACAUCUGAAGAGGCACUCACCUUCUGUGCUUUAUAAGAAGGGCUCACAUGAGGUCUUCAUCCCUCCCUCUCCAUCACCAUACAAGGUGUUCAAGCAGUCACUCAGGCCCUAAUGAGUUGAGGGAAGGAUAGCAGUCUGGCCCUGAGGCACAGUCAGGUGAAAACAAAACCCAAUCACCGGAAAAAUAUAUGUUGUAAUAAUUUAUUAUAAGGUUUGGUUGCACAAAAAUAAAUGAGAACAAGGAGGAUACAAGAAUAAAUGAGGCAAGCAGAAGAAAAAAGCAUGAUUAGAAACACUUACAAAAUGAUACAUAUACAUACACAUACAUAGAUGUGUAUAUAUUCUGUAGGAACCUACAGAAGAAAAUGAACAAAAGUAGAAAAAGAAACAAAACCAGAAGGCAGACCUGAGAAUUAGGGGUCUACACAUCCUGUUGGCCCUUACACAAGUGCUUUUUGUGGAAUGUCUCUAGGUGUGCGCAGGACAAUCACUUUAACAUGAGGGAGGAAUCCAGGCGAGUGCUAUCAUGAAGAUAGUAGUCACAUACGGCUGCAUACUAUAAUGCCUGUACAUACUGUAUGCUGUAUGUCAGGCUGAUUAAUUACACCUGCUUGGUCUGAUAUGCCCUUUCUCUUUAAGCGCUAGUGAAAGUGGUAUUGAAGUUGAAUAUUUCUGGAAAGGGGGGAAAAAAGUUAUCAUUCUUCCUAAGCAUUAAUUACCAGUUCCAUUGAGUUUGGCAGGAAAAAGAGCAUUGACAACACUCUGAAGGCUAAAACCACAUUUUAUUUAGCCUCCUGCAACAGAAGGCAGCUUUCAUGUGAAUAAGAAAAUAGCAAUCUCUAUUCUUCUGGUCAUUGUGUGGAGAUGGGUGUCCCAAGGUACCAAAGGGGAUCACAGUAUUGUGUAGCUAGUCUACACGUCAGCUAAAUUGAAGUAGUGUAAGACUAAAAAUUUGUCCAAACCUAUCAUUGAAAAGUUUCAUUGUUCAUAAUGUCCAAUAACCUUAGAAAAUUUCUUUUUCUUUUUUGAGCUGUGUACUCUCAACAAAUACCUAUAGAGUUUAAAAGGGGACUUUAUUAUUUCCGCCUACUUAAGUAUUUAGUAAAAGUUAUCACAUGAAUGAUGAAACUGCACUAUUAAUAAAUUGGAAUUUUUUUAACCUGAGUUAUCACAUCAUACCAGAUCAUUUAAAAUUGUGCACAGUAUUAUAAGCAGAACCUUGUAUAAAUGGGCCUCUUCUCUAAGCUGAAUCUGAUGACCCCAUUUAUAUUCAAAUGUGAAACUACUAAUAUAAUGAAUUGAUUUAAGUUUCCCAGUCAGAGCUCCAGAAGACUCAAGUUAUAAAUAAAAGAGGUGGGAAUGAUCCCCUGUUUCAGAAGCAGAAUUUUCACUCGCCAUGCAUCCAUACUAAUCUCCUUAGACUAAAGGGUUGUCUGUACUAAGGGCAAAAGAUGGGGAAUUGUGUUUCGCUUGUCCUUGAUGUUUACUUGACAUGGAGGUCACUAGCAUUUCUGUGUUUUUCAAAAGAUUUUAACAUUUUCCAGAUUUUAGGGGGGAAAAAAUCUAUAUUGCACAUCUUGGCAUUUUGUUUAAUCUAUUUUAAUUCAAAUUCCAUAGAGGUUUUGCAUCUAUGAAGACAGUUUACAGGGAAAAUUGUGUUAACACAUCACACAUAGCAUAAUAAAAGUAAUAUAUUAAUUCUUUCCAAUAAAAGACCAAGCACCAGCUUAAAUUUGUACCGUCGUCAUAACAAAAUAUCAGUGAACAGCAGCUGAAUCCCAGACAAAACCAUUAAAAAAAAAAAGGAAAAGAAAACCUUGCCAAUGUCUGAAACAGCAAAAUCAGUAAGUUAAAAAAAAUCUUAAAGAGCCUGUGGAAUUUUAGAAAUAUGCACAUUUCAUUUUACAUAUUUUAUAUCCACAUGACCACCAACUUGAAUAGUUCAAGCUCCCAAUCUAAAUCCUGCACAUAGGUAAAAUUUUCAGAAACAUCUAAAUACCUGAGGGUCCUAGCAUCUAAAUAAUUCUAAGUCCUGUCUUUCAAAAGCAACAUAGGCUUUUGAGAACAUAAAUAUCACUGACUUGCUAUGAAACUUAGGUGUUUAACAACCAGAUUUUUCAGGUACCUAUAGAUGCAGAUAGGCAAGCUGUGGGAUUUUGAAAAGCACUGAAGCAAGUUAUAUGCAUACCUGCCAUUUGGAUUAACAGGAAAUAAGUGCUAAGCCAGUUUUGAAAAUGUGGCUGUUACGCACUUCUGAAAAUGGAACGUAGGCUUCCAAAACACUCAGAAGCAUUUGAAAAUGUUACCUGACAAUCAGUUCUCAGACGAAAGCAGCUCAGGUGUCUCACUUCCUACAAGCUGAGAUAUAUGUGGAAAAAUGUGGAUAGCUCAUCCAUGCUGGAAAAUAUGCAUCUUGGGGUAAGCGAAAUCUGUCACACAUGGCUGUUUGAUCUUCUGUUUUUGAAGGUUAUGAACAAAAUGUUAUAUUGAAUAUUUCCAAAAUAUAGUAACCACCCUCAGGGCUCACAGAACUGAGGUGAAUUCUAUUUCAGAGUAAAUGAUGCAGUUGUCAUGGUACCCUGCCUUUUGUCAGCAGUGUGUCUAAUACAAAGAUGCAUUCUGGGUACAGUUACUUUUCCAUCAUGUGGGGUAUUAAAAAAAAUUCUAUUUAAAAAGACAAGCUUAAGGUUAGUAUCUAUGGUACAGCAUUCUAUGUUGUUUUAUCUUGGCAGAAAACCAUUUUUUAUAUUUUAUAAUUUUUAUAUGUAAUAUCAAUGUUUAUUUUUAAGCUUGUUUUUAAUCCAUUUAAAUUUCUAUGUGAAAUUAUGUGGGUGGAAGCAACAUUAAAUGCCAAAAGAUUACAGCAAUCAUCCUUAAAUCAAUAUCUAAUAUGUUUGCAAACAACAUUUUUUGUACUUUGCCUAUCUAUAAAUUUUGCUAUCCUCUGUGGAAAUACUUUUUCAUCAAUGUGUGUGCAUGGAGGAAUCAAUGUUUCCAGACACUUGCCAAUUAAAAAUCUAAUCCUUUCUCGCCUACCUGUACUUAGGAAAUAACUGGAACACUUGUAAUACUGAGGUAAAUUUAUGAAGUUAUCUAAGGCAAUUGACAUAUUUUAAGAGUCAACACUUUCCUAGCAAUACAGGGCAAAAUUGAAAGUGCUUUGGAGAGGCAGUUAAGAUGCAGGUGGGGGCUCAGGGAUGGGCAGGGCCAAAGGUUUGUGGUGUGGGAUGCUUACCUGGAGCAGGUCCCAUUUAGUGUGUGGGGGGAGAACAUGUGGGUCCACAUGAUCCUGAGUUCGUUUGCAGGCAUCAUCCUCCACAGAUCCUAUUGGCUGCGAUUCCCAGUCAAUGGAAGCUCUAAGGAUGGAGCUUGCAGGUGAGUGUAGCAAGGGAACUGUGGUGGCAUUACUCCAGCCUAGCUGGAUGAAAAACGUUAGUGUGAGGAACUAUCUCCCCUGCAUCCCUGCCGGGCAGAGCCAAAAAGCAGGGGCUUUUGGUGGUUGCACACCCUAACACCCCUUUCUUAAUCUAGUGAGAGGCUCAGGGAGCUGCUGCUAUGCCAACUGGUAGAUGGCCCCAUACCAUAACUCACCUUAUGUCUGACAUGCUCAUUGCCCCAAGUUAAUGUUAUCAUUAUCUAUAUGAAAAAAAGACUUCAUGUAAGGUAUUAUAUUUAAACUGCGAACAUGCCAGUCAUUUGCAUGAUUUAGCUACAGGUGGUGUAUAAAAAUUACAGUUGUGCGCUGGAAAUAGGGUCUUAGAAUUUGUUUGGCCAGAAGCACAUUAGCCACACCCAGCCUAAUUUAGUCAAAGGAAUGUUGUCACCAUUGUAAAUUGAGAAAGAUGAGGACAGGAACAAUAGAAGUAUAUUUACACGUAAAGUAAACAUAGAAGCAGGUGGGAAGAUGACCACUCAGUCACAAUGGAUAGUAGCCCAAGGAAGCCUUUCUAGCUCUUAAGAGAAUCAGUGGACUUAUGGAAAAUAUAAUCUCACCUGACACACACACGAGGUCAGCAAUUUUAAAAUCUCAAUCCCUCAAACCCUGAAAUCUGUAGAACUAGUCUAUAGAUGUGAAGCCUGUUUAUAUCAAGAUUGUAACUUGCUUCAGUUAAGUUUUAAUCACUAGAAAGUGUGUGUGUGUGGGGGGGUGUUUUGUAAUCCUUCAUAUCUCCUCCACUCUUACUUGAAACCACUUAAAAAUAUGUUCUUUGUUAAUAAAUGUAUCCUUAUUUGAUUACAAAACCAUCUCAGUGCUGUUAUGUGGAAGGUGAAGUGUGGGGUUCUCCAGCAAACCAAACGGGGGGAUGUGUACCCUGUCUGUUUUAGGAGGCAGAAAACUUGAUAACUUGAGUGUCCAGUGAGAGUGACUGAAUGCUGGAGAAAAAAACAUUGUUGGGAAACUCAUGUUCAUUGAUGGCUCCUGGUAAGGCAAGGUCUGGAUUGGUAGAGUCCUGAAAAGUUUGCUGGCAAGACAGACAAGCUAGGAUAAAGCUUAACAGUCGCACAGCUCACUUUUGCUAAGGCAGAUCAUUAACAUCGUGGGGCACAGCAAGACAUUACAAAUUGAUAGUCACCUUUCACCAGAAAAUAGCAAACUUCUCAGUGAUUUAUAACACAUUUUAAACAACACGACCAACACUUUAUUUAAUUAGAGUGUUACAUCAACUCCUCUGUUAAAACCUUAAGUAAUUUAUAUUCUAAAAUAUCAUGAUUGUUGUAGUUAUAUUGGUCCCAGGACAAUAAACUGGAUGAGGCAAUAUCUUUUUAUUGAAAGCUUGCGUGUGUCACCAACAGAAGUUGGUCCAUUAAGAGUUGGUCUCACCAGCCCUGUGUCUCCAAUGAUUUAACUGAUGGUAUGCUAAAUUGUAGUCAAAGUUCAUUUUGUCACAUCUUUCUUGUAUUUGUUAAUGAGCAGUGUAUAUUUCAGUUCUGUUUAAAUACACACACUUCCAACACCAUAUUUUCUCACAACACACAAAGUAUUUAAAAAAAUAAAUGUUUAUAAUAUAUUCUGUAGCAUAUGUAAAACCUCCAUAAUCGUGCACUGAUGUAUUAUGUACAGAAUUUCUCACUAGACUCCCUUCUGUGUAUUAUUUUAAGGCCAGAAGUAUGAGAACUGAAAGUCCUUGUGUUUUCUUACUUGUAAUUAGAGACACUGUUCUUAUUCAUAUAAGCCUUUUCUGAAAUGUUGUAUGUUUCAAUAAAAUGUUGCAGCAGUGAGUUCCACAAGCUAAACAAUCUAUAAAUGAGUUUCUUUCAUCUAGAUUAAAUAAUGCAUUUUAACUUGAAUGCUGGUGUUUUUAUUUACCCUUUCCCAUAAUGCAAGAGUACCUGACAGCCCAUCCCUGCACCAAUUCUUGUUCUAUAGGAGUUUGACACUUUGUGCUCAAUUCAUAAACUCAAUCUCCAUUCCCACUGGCUUCAGUAGGAUCCAGGCCUGUAUCCGUAUUGUAUCUCUUAAAUUACUCCAAUCCUUUUUAAUCUUUCCUUGUUUUUACUCCUAGUCUUCACCCUGUUCCAUGCUUCUAAUCUUUCUGUUGUCUUUUCUGUUUACUCUGCCCUUUUGAGUAAGAAAAGACCAGAGCUGAAUGCAGGAUUGAAGGUGAGUACCAUUUAUUACCAUUUUUUUCUACAGCUAAAAAAGUGUAAUGCACUUUUUACAAUAAGUACCUCCAGAAUUUAGAUGCUGGAUAUCAUCUUCAUCUGAGGAAGCUCAAGAGACUCUAAUAUUAAUGUUGUCACAUGGAUAGCUUUAUUUUGUACUCUGUUUUGUUUUUGCUACAAGAGCAGUCAUGACAAUAGAUGUGUAACUGCCAUCUAUGGUCUCAUUAUUGGUGUAAAAUUGUCAAGAGACUGGAUCAAUUUUAAACUGUUUUUCUAUGCCUGCUCCAGUCUUUUUGGUACAAGACAAUGAAAUAUAUAUUAAGAACAAAACUAUAUCAUACAUUAAAAGUGGAGGAUAGCUUUGAUCAGCACUAAAAUUGUUACAUGGAAAAAUCAUCUGUAAAAUAUAUCAAUUCCCCAUAUACUCUUAAGACUAACAAAAUAUGCAAACGUUUCAGUCACAUGACACUUUCUACACAAAACAAUGAGGAGGAAAUGGUGAACACUUACCCCUUCUUAGUGCUGUUCAGAAUGAAAUGUAAAAUUUGCGAAGAGUUUGAACUCCUUAACAGUAUUUUAUAUGCUGAUCUGAUAUGGAACUUAGUGGGGGAUUACAAGGUGUAACUAAAACACAGAUCUUUUUUUCAAAUGGAUUGUAACUUUUGUAACUCAAGAUAAAAGUUGACCAAAAGGUAAUUUUAAACAAAAAAACUGUGCUUCAUUUAUAAUAAUGCUGAGUUCCUCUUUGUUUUGAAUGAUUAUUUUUAUUUAAAAUGGCUACACUUUUUAGAAUGUCUCUAAAAAUCUACCAAAUGUAGGGAACAAACUGCAGAGGAAAACUACAGAAGGGUAUCUUUUAUAGCAAAACUUUCGCUGACAUGCACCGAAUCAGGAUUUCUCCCUAGAAACAUAAAGGUAGGCUCCUAAAUCCCUAAUUAUGCACCUAAAUAAGUGGUUUCAUUUUUAAAAAAUGUUGAAUACCCAGCACCUCCCACUGACUUCAUUGUCUGGUGAAUGACUUGCCUCUUACAAAAAACUCAUUUUUUAAUGUUACAGCAGGACAUUCAAAAUAUAUUCAACUACCAUUCUUGUUCCUGUGUGCUUUUUAGUAUUCAUUGUAUUCCAAAGAGUAUUUGUUUUACUUUCCCACUUAUAUUUCAGAUAUUAUACACCUUUCCUCAAAGUCAAGAAUAAAAACUAUGCUUAAUUUCAGAAGCUAAAGACUAUCUCCAGAAAGUAGCUUAUAUAGUGCAUCAAAUCUUAACCAGUUCACUUGUAAGACCUAUGAUAACAUAGGGUAAAAACUUGAUGCAAUAAUGUAGAACAGUGCUAUCUUCUCCUAGAAAAUUAUAGGUUGACUCUUUAGCAUUCUCACCCACAGAAAAGCCUAGGAUUUGUUUGUGUGGUAAGUUGUUCUAGAAGUGUCUUGUAUUGAGGGGAUGUACUAAAAGGAGGCAUUCUUUUUUUGGAACUGCUUCCUUGUAAUCUUUACUCAAACAGUGGCUUUUUCUGCUACCUUAUCCCAUUCUUCUUUUUAUCUUGUGUAAAUGCCACUCUCUGUGAAAAUGUGGAAAAGUUACCAAAUAUGGCAUAUAGGAUCCAUAUUCUUCACUAGUCUUAAGAAUAAAUGUGUGUAAAUGUAGCUUAUUUUUUGCUCCAGUCCAAAGUGUAGCAAUUAUGAGAUCUGACCAUGGAAAGCAACCUUCAGAUUCCAGUCUAGCCUCUACUGAGACCUUUGUGACACUGGUCAAUGAUCAUAGUAAGUUUCUAAUACACAGAUAAUGACAUCUCCAAAAUAACCAUAAUUCUUGGCACUAAUUAGCACCUUUUGUUAGCAGUUACAGUGGAGGCCAAGGAUUGAAUGAGCCCAAAGUCUGAAUGGUAAUACACAAAGAUGUCCAGUAUAGUUCAAGAAGAAUUAUGGUUGCUGCUGCAUCUGUUCUGUAUAAUGAAUGACUUGAGAGAGGCAGUCAGCUCAGCAUGUUUCAUGAGCAAUUAAGUUCUCACUUAUAUCCCCUUUCCAAAAAGCCAAGUCAGUUACUACUUUGGUAAGCUGGAAACAAGGAAGUUUGUGAACUGUUAAUAUUGAGCGCCCUGGUACUGAAAUUAUUGCUCUAUGGUACUUUCAGAUAUUUAGUACCAACACCAUCCAUAAACCUGGAUCUGGUUAAUAAUGAGGAACUAAAGGAAGGCAUAGCUAAAUGAGUGUUUUUAUUUUACUACAGGUUAAAAUUCCAUAUUCCAGUAUUCCCUUGUGCACUAUCACCUGGUGAGAGCAAUCAAGGGGCUAAGCUGUUGGGCGGGGGCCAGGAGCGUUGUCAUACUGGGUGGCCAAGAUGGAGCCCCAUGGGCAGCAGAGUCACCAGGAAGAAUGCAGAGUCCCUGGGGGCAGGAGGCACAGCUCCCUGUAACAAUUGAGGGCAUCACGGUCACAGUGGGGGUGCUGCUAGAGAGGAACACAGAAAUGCUGCGAGGAACACAGACACCCCUCCCUCACCCAAAUGCUCGGUGGAGCACGGAAGCCACUGGGCUGCAGCAAUACUGCUGGGGGAGCACAAAGUUCCUGGGGGAGCAUAUGGAGGCAGCGACACCACUGGGCCAAAAGUAGAGAACAGAGCUCUGGGUGGCAGCAAAGCCACUGGGCAGAGAAUAGAGCUCCAGCCAGCAGUGGGCUCCCUAGCACCACUGAGGGGAGAGCAGAGCCCCCCCACCCUCCCCAGCAUAAAAAAGUGGAGCCCUGAGCAGCAGCUAAGCCACAGGGUGACUGAAAGUAGAGCUCCCUCCCCCAGCACUGUAGGGAGAGCAGAUCCCCUAGGUGGCAGUGGAGCUACCUGGGAAAAAGUGGAGCCCCUGGGAGAGCCGGAGGCUAACAGACCACCCUCCCCCUUUGCAUUGACUUCCUCUGGUCCAGCAAAUUCCCUGGUUCAAGCCCAGUCAGGUCUUAAGAGUUCUGGACCAGGAAGAUACAACCUGUACAUGGUUCUGAUUUGUUUGUAUAGCAUCAGAUGUAAACGGCCAGAAACUUCAUGUUAGACCUCUGCAAGAAUGAAACUGAACAUCUUUCCUAACAUAUUUAAUACCUGCAUUUCUUUUUUCAACAAAUUUGUAAGCUUUUUCUUAUUGCUCUACUUCCACCAAAUCAAGAACACAAUGUUAGUUCUCCAUCUACAUGCUGUCCUUCUAGGCUCCAAAUGGAAAAGACAAAAGCAAAGCCUGAAUUGAUAUAAUAUUUCUACAAGCAAGACACUUCUAGCUUUCAAGCUAUUUAUCUUUGAAUGUGGGCAGGCAAAAUUGAUCCUUAAUAGUGUACUCGGAGCCAAAUUACAGCAGAAACUGCCACAAUGUGUAUACUUUGAAACUGUGUGGGCACUGAACCCAGAGGAACUACACUAGCUUAGAAGCAUAUUUAUUUAAUUAUUUAUCACUGGUCGCCACUCCAUUUCCGCUUAUAUACACUAAGUAAAUUCUAUAGCUUGGAACCACAGCAUGUGGCUCUAGAAUGAUAGUAGUGGAGAUAUUCCAGUAGUUUGGUGCAACUAUUCAGUGCUUCAUUUGUAUAUAGUAACUAAUGCACAUCAUUGGUAUUUACAUUAGGAAGAUCCUUUUCAUGCUGUAAAUCAAAGCUAAUUAGAUAUAUUCAUGUCACCCCACAAUCACAGAAUGUUGCACAGGAAUGAUGCUGAGACUUAAAUAGAAAUCUUUGUGGGCCCAAGGCCCCCUUAUGGACCAUGAUAGUUGAGCAGCAAGCUAGAGCCUAUGUGCCAAAAUGGUGUCUGCUUCUGGCAGAACUCCACUAUGUAUCAAGCUUGUUUCAUUAGGGCACUCAUAUAGCAUAGAACAUCGUAUGCCAUGAGGUACAGUAAUCCUAUGAAGGCAAUGUUUGUGCUAUAUCCAUCAGCUAGCAUUAGCCAUUCUUUU